AUGUCGUCGUUGAGCCGAGAGCUUGUGUUUCUGAUACUUCAAUUUCUCGAGGAAGAGAAAUUCAAGGAGUCUGUUCACAGGCUGGAGAAGGAGUCAGGAUUCUUUUUUAAUACAAAGUAUUUCGACGAGAAAGUUCUUGCUGGAGAGUGGGAUGAAGUGGAGAAGUAUUUGUCUGGUUUUACUAAGGUUGAUGAUAACAGAUACUCCAUGAAGAUUUUCUUUGAGAUUAGGAAGCAGAAGUAUCUCGAGGCUCUUGAUAGGCAAGAUAAGGCCAAAGCAGUUGAGAUAUUAGUGCAGGACUUGAGAGUCUUCUCCACUUUCAACGAGGAUCUCUACAAAGAGAUUACUCAGCUUUUAACUUUACAGAACUUCAGGGAAAAUGAUCAGCUUUCCAAAUACGGAGACACAAAAACAGCUCGAACCGUAAUGCUAGCAGAAGUAAAGAAACUAAUCGAAGCAAAUCCUCUUUUUCGUGACAAAUUGACGUUCCCUACAUUAAGAUCUUCGAGACUGCGUACUCUCAUUGAUCAAAGGUGUGUUUCUUUUUCUAUUUUUCUCCUCACGACAAUAGAAUAUGUUGCUGGAUUUAUUGUGCACAUGUUCUCUUGCAGUCUUAACUGGCAGCACCAGCUGUGCAAAAAUCCUAGACCAAAUCCAGAUAUUAAAACUCUAUUCACAGACCACACAUGCGCAGUUCCGAAUGGUCCUCUGGCACCUUCAUCAGUCAACCAGCCUCCAUUUCCUCCUGGUACGGCCGUUGCUGCUGCUAAUGCUGGCGCUUUAGCUAGUUGGAUGGCUGCUGCCUCUGGUGCUUCUGCUGUCCAAGCUGCCGUUGUCACACAUGCGCCUAUGCCUCUACCUCAAAAUCAAGUGGCAAUCUUGAAGCGACCAAGAACACCACCAGCAACUCCAGCUAUAGUAGAUUAUCAGAAUCCAGAUCAUGAACUAAUGAAGCGUCUCCGCCCUGCCCCAUCUGUAGAGGAGGUGACAUAUCCUGCUCCUAGGCAACAAGCUCCAUGGUCGCCGGAAGACUUGCCAUUAAAGGUGGCUCUAGCGUUGCAUCAAGGGUCCACUGUGACAAGCAUGGAGUUUCACCCUAUGCAAAAUACGUUACUUCUUGUUGGAUCUGCAACGGGAGAAAUCACAUUGUGGGAACUCACUGUUCGGGAGAAGCUAGUUUCAAAGCCAUUCAAAGUAUGGGAUAUGACUAACUCCACAGUUCAGGGUUUGAUAGCUAAGGAACCACCAAUUUCUGUCACCCGUGUUGCAUGGAGUCCCGAUGGAAAUUUCAUAGGGGUUGCCUAUUCCAAACAUCUUAUUCAUUUGUAUGCUUUCUCUGGACCUAACGAUCUUCGCGAGCAUGCUGAGAUCGAUGCCCAUGUGGGUGCUGUGAACGACUUGGCUUUCGCUAUUCCGAACAGACAGCUAUGUGUAGUUACUUGCGGAGAUGAUAAGCUAAUCAAGGUAUGGGAUAUUCAAGGUCGAAAGCAUUUUACCUUUGAAGGUCAUGAUGCUCCUGUUUAUUCCAUUUGCCCUCAUCACAAAGAGAACAUUCAGUUUAUAUUUUCAGCGGCCAUAGAUGGGAAGAUAAAGGUCUGGCUUUAUGACAAUAUGGGUUCCAGAGUUGACUAUGAUGCUCCCGGUAAAUGGUGUACUACGAUGCUUUACAGCGCUGAUGGGUCUAGAUUGUUUUCUUGUGGAACGAGUAAAGAUGGUGAUUUUUUCCUAGUUGAGUGGAAUGAAAGUGAAGGAUCAAUUAAAAGGACCUAUCUUGGGUUUCAUAAAAAGUUGGCUGGUAUGGUUCAGUUUGAUACCUCAAAGAACCACUUUCUGGCUGUUGGUGAAGAUGGACAAAUCAAGUUCUGGGAUAUGGACAACAUCAGUGUUCUGACAAGCACUGAUGCUGAGGGCGGACUUCCGGCUCUUCCUCGUUUGAGAUUUAACAGGGAAGGUAAUCUUCUAGCCGUUUCUACGGCAGAUAACGGAUUUAAGAUCCUAGCAAACACAGCUGGUCUCCGAUCUCUGAGAGCCAUGGAAGCUUCUGCUUUUGAAACGAUGAGGAAUCCAGUUGAUUCUUCCUUAAUCAAAGCUGUAAUGUUGCUAAACUUUGUAGUAUAUUUUCCUUUAUUAGCUUCCACUGUUUUAGCAAGCUCUCUCGGUUUACACAUUUUGAAUGGAGUUGAUCCCUCGAAGCCAAGAAUAGAUGACUCAACAGACAAACCAAGACCUUGGCAAUUAGCUGAAAUAUUGGACCCAACCCAGUGUCGCCAGGCUACUUUACCCGAGACCGCUGGUUCUUCCAUAAAGGUCGUCCAGCUUCUGUAUACUAAUUCCGGCGCUAGAAUCUUGGCACUAGGUUUGAACGGUAUUCAGAGGCUCUGGAAGUUGGUUCGCACUGAGCAGAACCCUAGUGGAAAGGCAACUACUGCUGUUGUUCCUCAGCAUUGGCAACCAAAUAGUGGUCUUCUCAUGACCAACGAUGUCUCUGGUGUAAACCUUGAAGAGUCUAACCCGUGCAUCGCUCUCUCUAAGAACGACUCUUAUGUCAUGUCGGCUGCUGGAGGAAAAGUCUCGUUAUUCAACAUGAUGACUUUUAAGGUGAUGACAACAUUCAUGCAACCUCCACUGGCUUCAACAUUUUUGGCGUUUCAUCCUCAGGACAACAACAUCAUUGCCAUUGGAAUGGAGGACUCCACGAUUCACAUCUACAAUGUCCGAGUGGAUGAGGUCAAGUCAAAGCUAAAGGGUCACCAGAAACACAUCACUGGCUUAGCAUUUUCUACAACCCUCAAUAUCUUGGUUUCAUCUGGUGCUGAUGCUCAGAUAUGCUUUUGGAGCAUUGACACAUGGGAGAAGAGAAAAUUCGUAGCAAUACAAAUGCCAGCAGGAAAAGCCGCCAUUGGAGACACGCGUGUACAGUUCCAUGUGGAUCAGAUCCGUAUCCUGGCAGUCCACAAGACACAACUAGCUAUAUUUGAUGCUUCCAAGAUGGAAUGUAUCCGACAGUGGAUUCCUCAAGACUCGUUAUCUGCUCCCAUAUCUUCAGCAGUGUAUGCCUGCAACAGCCAGUUAAUCUACACCACUUUCCGCGAUGGGAACAUUGGAGUGUUCGACGCAGACACUCUUAGAUUAAGAUGUCGUAUCUCUCCAACCGCCUACUUGCCUCAAGGGAACCAAGGCUUAUCUCCUCUAGUUGUGGCAGCUCACCCACAAGAGCCAAACCAGUUUGCGGUCGGUUUGAAUGAUGGGUCAGUUACGGUGAUAGAACCGACGGAGGCUGAAGGCAAGUGGGGGAUGGUUCCACCUUCUGAAGCAAUCAACACUUCACCGUCCACAACAAACAACCAGAAUCAAGAACAGUUACAAAGAUGA